GCCUCUUAUCCUCAUGUUUAUCAGGAGAGCUACUAAGCACAGAUUACACGGGCAUAUACUUUUCAAGAGAUGUGCAUCCACUUGAACAUCGACUUACCUGACUUUGCAGAAAAUGCAACCACAAUCACAAUACUGACCUGCGGGUAAUGCCAGCCACCCUAUAUAGAUAUAUCGAUAGUCAGCCUGCAUCCUAGCCACGAGUAUAGACAGCAUGCUUCAUAAAAGCAGCAUCCUGCCUCUCAGACCUAGCGAGCAACACAUCAACUCAUUAGAGCACGAAGCCCUCAUCACCACUGCAACUUAAAAGGCAACAUGUUCAUCUACUCCGGCAAGUUCAGCUACGCCGCCCCCUACGCCACCAACGAACUGUUCUCGGUCGUCUUCCGCGACAACGUCCUGACCGGGGACCGUGUGGCCGUUAUCCUUCAAUGGUCCAAGGAUGCAGGCGGGCAGGUUAAGUCCAACUCGAACACCACGGCACGGUCAGCAAGGUGUCUACCAAUGGGUCCGGGGGAAAGGAGAUCGAGUUCUUCCAGAAGGAGAAGGACAGAACCUACUAUUGGUAUAAGGGAAGAGUGUCGGGCGAGACCAUGACUUUGAGUAUGUGAAAUAAAGGCGGGGAGGAGGUUGCUAAGGAUUUCAAGCUGCAGCUUGUGUUCUUCUGGUGGAAGCACUUGGCUUAGGCUGUGAGGACUUGUCUCUGUAGGUGUGUUGCUUGAAUCCGAGUCUACCAAAUGGGUUUAUAGGGGAUGUACCUGAG